ACCGUUCCCUCCCGUCUCCUGUGUCUGGAUGCCCCGGGAUGCAGCUCCGGAGCUCCGGGCUGUGGCUUCUUCUCUGUUCGGUGUGGGUGAUCCAGGUACCGGGAGGUCGCUGUGCCUGUACCCGGCGCGGACAUCCCAGGUGCUGCCCAGGGAGGAAUAAUGCCUGCACCGGCGUCACUGCCACCGGGAGCACGUGCUACUGCGACUCCUACUGCCACCGGAGCGGCGACUGCUGCGAGGACUACGCGGGGCAGUGCGGGGGCAGCGUCACACACUGUGUAGUUGGGCCGUGGGGGCCAUGGAGUGAAUGCAGUUCUCUCUGUGGAGUUGGGAGCAAAGAAAGAUUGCGGCAAGUCAAAGUACCUCCGCGUAGUGGAGGAAACCCCUGUCCAGAUCUUAGACAGCGCCGUGGCUGCUAUGGCGAAGACUACACCUGUCCUUCCUCCAAAGAGGUGGCUAAGAUAUUGCCAAGCUCUUUCAAAAGGGAUUCUAGAGGUCCUUGGAGAAGGCCCCACACCAUGAUUUCUUUAAGGACCUCAAGUUAUUGUGUCUACUUCAGACUGAAACAUGUGGGACCUGCCUGUUGGCUGCAAAACUGGGGCAGACAGUUGACCGGAGAACAAGUUGUAUGUGUAGAGUGCCAGACUGAAGCAAUGGAUGCUAGUGGGCGGUGCCGAGGGGAUGGUCUCGCUGGUGCAAGGACAUUCUGGACCGCUGCCUCUCUUCCUGGCUGCCAGGGCUCCUGGGUUCAAGAAGACCUCCGAGAAGACUGCACGUGCCACUUACUCUCCUAUAUUUUUGUGUGAUGAGCAUUGUCAUCAUUGGAUGUAUGAUGGCAGUUACACACAUUGCAGUCCUCAAAAAAAUAGUUUACCUCCUCAGAUACCUACCUCUUCUACCUGCCUUUUGGGGGUGGGGAUGUUACUUCCUUUUUUAUUUUUAUUUUUUUAUUUUAAAGAUUCUACUACACUACUACUGUUAUUGUUUGUCAGUACAUGAUACCUGCUAAAGUUGGCAAUGAACUUCUCUAUUCUCUGCAUAUUUGCCUUCAUAAGGUCCUCUUACACAGACUGAUAAUCAGGCCAGUUAUCAAGGAUGAUCAUUUGGUCUGUCUAAAAGGUGCUGGUGAUCACACAGUGAACGAGCAAACGCUCAUUGAUUGGGUGAUUGUGUCUCUCAACCUGCACAAAAAAAAAAUUAUGGUUUCAGUGCUGUAGAUCAGCCUGUAUGACCAAGGAUCUUCUGCACAGGAACAAUAAUUUUCUAUGGGGACAAGCAUUGCUCUAGCAAUCACUUGUCCCCAUGUAGCAGAGGUGAUUGCUACAUGUAAAUGCAGUCAUUAUUUCC